UGACGUAUACAUUGUCUUCACACUACAUUCUUACAAAACACAAAUAACCCAAAAUUAAUUGAAAAUGUAGCAGAGCAAAUUGUACACAACUUAAAAAAUUCACUGCAUUAAAGUACAAAUGUUGUUUUAAUAACUUAAAAGCAUUUUUGACUCCACAAAACAAAAAGACUUACAAAACAAAUUUAACUCAUUCUUCCUCUGUAUAAAAUAAGGAAUGGUUUAAAAGAAGUGACAUUUGUAUGCAAUGAUUGGCUAAUAGGAAAACAUUAAUGUUAUGGUCAUUCAUCAAAACACCAAGUUUUUCAGGUCAGAAUCAGUUCUGGGUCAUUUUUCAUUUCAGACCAGCAGACUGGCUAUUUUGGUAGCUUGGAGUAAAAAAGGCAAAGAUCUGCAGCACAGCUGCUUUCUGUGGCUUUUAUUUCACAGAAAAAAGAAAUCCGGGUUUCAUUGGGUCCUUUAAUUAGAAUGCUGCCGAGACAAUCAGCAGCAUAAUGCACAGCUUCUUAGAGAAGAAAAAUCUGAUUUAUGGUUAUUUAUUUCUGAACUGAGAAGAGAACGAAGCAAAGCUCGUCAGCUGCAAAACUAAAACAAGAAAAAAAUGGAUGAAGUUUCUGUGAUGCUGCAAUACAGGUGAGGACCUGAAACCGGAUGCAAAGGAGUAUCACUCCAUACUGGAGGGAUGUGACGCAUUAAAUGGCCUGUAAUUCAUUUAUUUGGCUUAAAUUGUGUCUUCACAGAAGAGCCACGGUAUCUUCCGGAUUAGUUGUAAGAAAGUCUCUCCGGUAAAUCGGGUUUUAAACACAAAUAAUACCGAAAUACUUCUUCUGCUACUUUUUCUGAGACGUUUUUUCACUCAGUUUGGUAAAACAACUCCGCCUAAAGUCAGGCGUCACACCGGAAACUGGCAGCAAGGUUUCCGGUGGAGGAAAACAAAGGGGCUAGGAACGUUAGCUUCCUAUAGCUCGGUUAGCCUCCUGCUAGCAGCCGCUUCCCAGAGCGUGUCCAGGAGUUUUCUGGUUCUGUUCAGCAACAAUGUGUUCCGUUGAGCCUCUGAGAGAGUUUAUCAGAGAGAGACUAACUGCUGCUGCUGAAGAAAUCUUCACCCAGCUGGAAAAAACCAUCGUCCAGUACGAGGAGGAGAUCGACCGGCAGCGGAGACUGCUGGACCUCACCUGGAGACCCCGGGUCAGCUUACAGCGAGCAGACGUCCCGCAGCAUUACAUCUGCAAGGAGGAGGAGGUUCAGAAGGACCAGCAGCCCCGCAGCCCGACGGCGGAGGUGCAUUUGGAUCAGGAGGAAAUGGAAUCUGUGCAGAUUAAAGAGGAACACGAUGAGCUUCGUGUCAGUCAGAACGCAGAACUGGUUCUGAAAGAAGAGACGGAUACCUUAAAGGUGAGUCCUGUUCCUGAGCAGGACCGCCCCACAGAGCCACGACCAAACAGCGACCUCAAACCGGCGGCUUUUAUGGGUCCUGUUUCUGAUGACGAUGACCUGAGAGAACCAGAACCAAACACGGACCAGAACUCUGCUGAUGCCGAGUACCAGAAUCAGGAAGAAAGCAAUGAAGACGACUCUGGAUCCAGCACAGAAGAGUCUGAGCAAGACAAGGAAAGUCGCAAAACAAAACUAAAAAGGCACCGAAAAAGUGACACCAAUUAUAAUCUGUCAUCUUGCAAAAUUUGUGGAAAAACUUUCACUCAGAAGUAUCUGAUUGCACACAUGAGGAUCCACACAGGUGAGAAACCUUUUAAAUGUUCCACCUGUGCCAAAAAGUUUAUUCUCAAAAGUCAUCUAAAAAACCACAUGAAGAUUCAUAGCGGUGAGAAGCCUUUCUCCUGUCAGACCUGUGGGAAAAGUUUCAUUCAGAGGAUGAAUUUAACUCUUCACAUGAGAACGCACACUGGCGAGAAGCCCUUUCCAUGUGAAAUCUGUAACAAGACCUUUGCUAGCAGGAGUCAGUUAACUACUCAUGUGAGAACUCACACAGGAGAGAAGCCUUAUGCUUGUAAAACCUGUGGGAAAAGUUUUAGUACCAGAGGUACUUUGAUUAGUCAUAUGAGAAGUCACACAGGGGAGAAGCCUUUCUCAUGUCAGAUCUGUGGACAGAGUUUCACUCAGAAACCAGGUCUCAAAGUUCACUCACGAAAACACACAGGAGAGAAACCAUUCAUGUGUCAAACCUGUGGAAAGAGUUUCAAUCAGAAAAGUGCCUUGCUCACACACAUAAGAACUCACACCGGUGAAAAGCCCUUUUCCUGUUUGACCUGUGGACUGUGUUUCAUCAUGAAGAGCAGUUUGACUCAGCAUAUAAGAACCCACACCGGAGAGAAGCCUUACUCUUGUCAGAUCUGUGGGAAACGUUGCAGUUUAAAGGGUAAUCUGAAGUUUCACAUGAGGAUUCACACAGGGGAGAAACCAUAUUCAUGUCUUACAUGUGGAAAAAGCUUUGCAGUAAAAUGUCAAUUAACUCGUCACAUGAGAACUCACACAGGUGAGAAACCCUUUUCCUGUCAGACCUGUGGAAAGGGUUUUACCAAGAACCUUUAUUUAAUUGCCCACAUGAAAACUCACACAGGCGAGGCGGUUUAACCGAGAGUUCAGCAUGGCAGCCUCACUUCCGUCAGACUGCUCCAGGGCAGCUGUGGCUACGAUGUAGCUCACAAUCAUCAGUGUGGAAUGCAUGGGUGUCACAAUAGUCGCUGUGAUUGAGACGUCUCGGAAGAAAAUUAAUUCCACUUGAUUCAUAGGAGACGUGCAGCUAAAGCUCCAAUUUGGGUUUUCCUGGUUACCUGCUGCAGCUCACUGCAGAAUCAACAAGGUGAAUAACGACUGCAGGCUGCUGAAAACUGGACACAGUAAUGUCCCAACUCUUGACUUCUCCCAGUGUCUAAGGCUACGUUCACACAGUCAGUCUUGAUGUUCAAUUCAGAUUUUAAAUUGAAAUUCUUUUAUUUUUUGAUAAAAUCCACUUUUUUCUGUGUGGUUGUUUGUGCCGUAGACAUAAUAAAGAGUAGACACGUCAUGCACCGCUCUAGCCUGUUGUCGCUGACAGGGCGGCCAUCUUGGAUGGACGUCAUGUUUGGCAGGUGCUAUGAAGUAUCAGCGCACUUAAUAACAACUCGCUAAAUACUAAACAGAUUUUCAUGCUUUUUUGUUGUAAACCUUAUUCAAACUUUUAUAGCUACAUGUACAAGGACAUUUACUUUUUAAAGUAUUUUUGAAUUUGAUAUGUGGUUCAGCAUAUUUAAAUAUGCUUACUGGGGAGAAUAAAAUAUCCUGAUUUGAUCUAUGAUGGUUAUUUUACAACCACAUAGACACAAAUAGAUUUUAUAAUUAUUUAUUUAGUAAUGGCAAUACAUAUUUAUAUAAAUAUACAAACAUAAAUUAAUACAAAUAUAUAUUAAGCUAUACAUUUUAUAUUGAAAUGCACAUGUUUAUACAUUUUAUAUAUAUAAAGAUUUACAAAAUCCCGGUUAGCCUUCAUAGCGGGGCUGAACCCGGUAUUACACCGAGUUCUAUAGCUAAUAUUAGCUGGCUUUUUGCUGGUGGAUAUAAAUACAGUUUAGUAAUAUUAUAUUCACAAAAUUCAUCCAUCCAUCCAUUUUCUAACACCUUGUCCCUUCUGGGGUCGGGAGGAGCUGCUGCCUCUCCAGCUACGUUCCGGGCGAGAGGCGGGGUCACCUGGACAGGUGGCCAGUCUGUCGCAGUAUUCACAAAAUAUAAACGGUAAUAUGACCAUCUUACUUGUGAAUCGUUAUCCCCCGAGAUCUCACGUCAAUAGUCCGUUGAUAUGAACAACAAUAUCCAGCGGUGCUGAGGCUUCUGCUGCUGUUUUGGUUUAGCCAAGUAGGGACGACCUCUCCAAGAUGGCUGCCUUAUUUCCUGCACCAAUGUGGGUCUGCGCUUUAUUAUGUUUAUGUUACUAAUUAAAUGCACUAACAUUUAUACUAAUAUUUCAGGUUGUCAGUCCACCCCCUGCUUCAGCGUAAAGUAAUGAAACAAAGUUUCAAAAUAAAAGCCUGUUGGACUCAGAGGCUCUAUUUAAAUAGUUUUGGUACAUUCCUACUUCUGAGAAAAUUUGAAUUGAUCAAUUGAAAAAAUCUGCCUGUUGCAUUCUGAAGUUUGAUCAAAUUCUUUAUUAAAUAAAUGUUUGUCUUAUUUUUGGUGAAUUUUCUCCGGCGUCAGAGAUGAUUUCUGCUUCAACAAAUUAUAAAUACAUUCUAAUCCUGCAAGAUGGAUGUUUUAUUGAACACCAUUUUAUCUCCAGUUUACAUGAAAUAAUUUUAAAUGCAUUAAAUAAACCUUUUGUCUGUUUAUUAUCCUGUUCAUUGUUUCAGUAGAAGCAAUCCUUUUUAAUAAAGACCAUUUAUUAUUUAUUA